CGUGCAUAAGAAGGCGCUGCAGGGGCAGUCCCGGGCGCGAUCGGUCCCUGCCUCGUGGAGCGCCUGGUCGUCUCUCCUGUACAGAGCCGUGCACACGCCUCUCUGUCCGACACCGCAGCAUCAACAUCGCAACCACCACCGGUGCUUCUCAUCCAGUUAGGGGAGUAGUCAUGCUGCACUGGGGAUACGAUGAGCACAACGGACCUUCUCACUGGAAGGAAGUUUUUCCCCUCGCUAAUGGAGACCGUCAAUCUCCCAUUGAUAUCCAAACUAAGGAGACCAAAUAUGACCCCACUCUGCCUCCUCUCAACCCCAACUAUGACCCUACCUCUGCUAAAGUCAUACUCAAUAACGGACACUCCACCAGUGUGGAAUUUGAUGACACUGAAAAUAAAUCAGUGCUGAGUGGAGGUCCACUCCUUGGAAAUUACAGGCUGAGGCAAAUUCACUUCCAUUGGGGGCCUAGUGAUGACCUUGGUUCUGAACAUGCAGUGGAUGGAACAAAAUUCGCAGCAGAGCUUCAUGUGGUGCAUUGGAAUGCAGACAAAUAUGCCAAUUUUGUUGAGGCUGCUCACCAGCCAGAUGGAUUAGCAGUAAUGGCUGUUUUCUUAAAGGUGGGUGACUGUAAUUCACAACUGAAGAAAAUCACAGACUAUUUGGAUAUAAUUAAAAUCAAGGGUAAACAGCAUAGAUUCACCAACUUUGACCCUUCCUGCCUGCUCCCCCAUUCUCUGGACUACUGGACUUACCUUGGCUCUCUUACUGUUCCUCCUCUUCUUGAAAGUGUCAUUUGGAUCAUUCUGAGAGAGCCUAUAAACAUUUGUUCUGAGCAGUUAGCCAAAUUCCGCAGCCUUCUCUGUACUAGUGAGGGAGAAGCUGCCUUCCGUAUGCUGAAGAACUACAGACCACCACAGCCUUUAAGGGGCCGAGAAGUGAGAAGAAAUUAAAGAGAAAUUAGGGCAAAGAUUAUCCUCAGCAGUAGCUGACGCUAUUUUCAAAGACCUCAUUUUAAUAGGCAGCCUUAUGUUGCUUUCAUGAAUUAUCUUAAGGAAUAGGAUACAUUUUAAAUGGGGCAAGAGGCAGCCACUGUUAAGCACUUUCAAGUCCUAUGAAUUUUAACAGAGAGGGUUAAGCACAUGUUUAACUCCCUUAUUGAAGCCAAUAGUCCUUAAAAUGCUUAAGAUUAGCUGGGUUGUGCCCCUAAUUCUUUUAAUAGACAGGUAAUAUUUCUGCUCAGUUAUUUUAAAUAAUAAGUACCGUAUUAUUGCUGUUUGAUUAUGGUAAAAAGGGACAUAUUAUUAAGAAUAGAAUUUAUUUUGUACCGAAUAAGGUUAGGUACUGUUGCUUUGUGAUUGAGUAAAAUGCAGUCAUUUAUAGCAAAAUAGAGUUGUUCAGAGUUGUAGUAAUUGAGCCACUGACUAUGUUGUGUGGCUUGGAUGAGCUGCAUACCUGUUUAAAUGUAGUGUCAUGUUUUAGGUAUGGUAGUGAUGCUAAUUUAUUGAGAUUGGAUGGAUAUCAGGUGGGGAUGCUUUGGGUCUAGGAUAACCCACCCCAGAGCUAAGGAUUGGACUAGAUAACAAAUUUUGGUACCUGUCAACUUGUCUAGUUGACUUCUCCCAAAGAAUGAAAAUCAAGGACUUCAGGUUUAAAAGAAGUCUAUCUAGCCAUUCUCCAAAGGUCCUUUGAUCCUUUCCCUCACUCAGAACAAAUUUGAAAGAUGGCUAAUAAGCUAUUCAUGUGUUUUAGUGUGAUUUAGAUGGUUAUAAAAUGCCAUCUUACUUAAAGUCUGCUCUCUCCAGAUGCUGUGGACAGAAAGCAAGACCUCUUAGAUUUUAAAGAGAGGGACCUGAGGCCCAGGCUACUAGGUAUUAUGGGAUAGCAUACCUGCCAACAUGUCCCUAUUUCCCCAUUCGGGUGAAUGGGAAAAUAGGGACAUGUGGUGGGUAUGGGGUGUGUGUGGAUGAUGCAGACCUGGGUAUCUCAGUAGCAUAUAUUUGAAGAUUUGCCCAACAAUCAUUUCAGCCCAUCCCCAUCCUCCGACCCCAACUUCUUCUGAUGGGGAGAGACAUGGAUUGGCAGCAACUACAUGUCUGUCCCCUUUAAAUGUAUUUUGAGAUUGAGAAUAGGCUUGAUUGGGACUUGACAAAAUACAAAUAUGUAUGUUUUAUUAAAGAGAUAGGAUGGCUGUGAAUGAACUAGGGAAGUGUGAGUGAUGGAUAUGGCACAUUUUCAUAUCUUUUAAAACCAGAGUCUUUGUGCCUAAUACUUUAAUGUUGUCAGAAUAGCUGUUCAGUGUCACAGACAAGAUGUUUCCCCAUAGACACUGUAAACUAUUCUAAAGAACUUGUUUGUCUCAGUACAGGAAGCAGUAGACUGAGCUAACUGGUGUAUGUACUUGCAGUAGAAUUGGGGCUGGGCGGGGGGCAAAAGAUAUUCUAACUUAAUAAUCAGUUAAGUUUAUUCUGUGACUUUGUAUUUAUGAAUUAUAGCAAAUAAAAGAAAAUGAUGCAAAUGUU